CAACACUUACUGAAUAAUAUACAGCUGCGUUGCUACCGAUAAGUCACGCGAUAACCGAUAGCCGCAAUGUUAGUGCUGGAUAAUGCCGCAAUAAGUGUUCUCCCUACAUACGAGCUGAGCCCGCCAAAAAAAAAUUUGUGUGCGCGCUAUUUCGGACGAAACGUGAAAAAUAAUAAAUUUUCUGUAUUAAAACAUAAACAAUGGGUCCCGCAAAUGUGUCCCAGUCAGAUAUUAGCAUAGAAGAUGAGGAUGAAAUAUUGGCACUUGAAAAACUGCUGGGACAAGCUGAAAACGAUGAUGGUGACAACACGGAAAAUGCAAUCUCAGCAACUGCUCCAACUCGAUCAAAGCCACCCACUUUGGCUAAUGCUGUGCCCAAGCUGCGCGAAGACAGCAGCUUUGCCAACGCAUUUAGCUACGAGGUGGCAAUUAAAUCAAGUAAGUCUAACGAUGGAGAUAAAAUAAAACCAACAGAGCCGGAACUCGAUUCAUCUGACGACGAAGAAGUUAAGAACUUCUUGGAGCGAAAGUACAAUGAAUAUGGCAGUGACAUAAAUAAAAAAUUAAAAGACCAACGUGAGAAUGCACACGAAAGCAAAGUGGCACGUGAGGUCGAUCAAUCGUUGCGGACAACCACAAAGCUGGUCACUUCAACUCCACAGCCGGAGGCGCUGCGCCUAAAAAAUCCCCACAAUCCCAUUCAAAGGAAAUCCCUCACUAGUCAGUCCUUCCAAAAGCCACCGCCAGCCGCAGCUAAGACACCAAGCCAACAACCGUUGCAACAAACUGCUGUUGCCACAACCUACACAGAUCCUGUGUUCGGGCUGCGCAUGAUUAAUCCACUGAUCUCUAGUUCAUUGCUGCAAGAGCGUAUGAAUGGUCGCAAGGCGGUUCCUUUCUCUGGUCUCGCUUUUCACAUAGAACGUGGUGAUUUGGCCAAAGAUUGGGUUAUUGCUGGGGCCUUGGUAACAAAGCAACCGAUACGUAACACGAAGAAAGGUGAUCCCUACUCCAUGUGGACGCUAUCGGAUCUGCGCGGCGAGGUCAAAACAGCAACAGUAUUUCUUUUCAAAGAAGCACACAAAACGCUUUGGAAAACUGCUGAAGGCAUGUGCUUAGCUGUGCUUAAUCCAACCAUAUUUGAGAAGCGAGCAGGCAGCAAAGAUGUCGCCUGUCUAUCAAUUGACACUUCACAAAAAGUGAUGAUAUUGGGCCAGUCCAAGGAUUUGGGCACGUGUCGUGCAACAAAAAAGAAUGGUGACAAGUGCACUUCGCUGGUGAACCUGACCGAUUGCGACUAUUGUGUCUACCAUGUGAAGCAGGAGUAUGGCAAGAUGUCCAGGCGCUCGGAGCUGCAGUCUGCGACAUCAGGACGCGGUCUAAACGAGCUGCGCAACAAAGUGUUGGGCAAAAGCGAAGUAUUUUAUGGUGGACAAUCUUUCUCGGCGGUGCCGGCUCGUAAGAGCGCUAAGCUCAUAAACAAAGAGCGCGAUCGUCUUAGCAAGCUGGCUGGCUAUGACGUCUCGCCGUUUGCUCACAGCGUUGAUCAUGCCUCCAAGCCCAAGGCCUACAAGCCAGCUGAUGUGCCCUAUGCUGAGCGUGGCGGACCCGUCUCCCGGCUGGCUGGCAAUGUGGAGGCAUCCAGCAAGCAGCGGCAUCAGGACUUGGAGCGUUUGCGUUUACUGCGUGCCGAAAACGAACGAUUUGAGCAGGCAUCAAAAAAGGAGAUUGAAACUAAGACUGCAGCGCCCUCGACGCCCAUGCCAAAGUCAAUUGAAGCACCCAGCACACCACAGAGCGUGCCGGAUAAGUUCAAGAAUCGUGGAUUCUCUUUCGACGCCAGCGUAACGCCCAAACUCUCGGGCAGCGAGAAUUUCAGCUUCGAUUUAAAUGUGGGGGCAAGGCAGGCGCAGAGCGCCAAACUGAGAGCAGCAGCGCUGCUAAAGAAGAAGCCACUGGAGAAGGUAAAUCCGAAUUCUACGCGGGGCACAGAGACGGGUAAACGUCGAGCCAUCGAUGACCUCAACGACAAGUUUUCUAGCAGUGCAAAACGUCAGAAAUUGGAGGAAGAGGAACGGGAACUGAUGCGUAAAUCGCGUAUUGAACGCAUUAUGGCAGCCACAUCAUCGCACUCCAAUCUGGUGGAGAUGCGAGAGCAGGAGGCGCAGGACGACUACUUCAACAAGCUGGAACGCAAAGAAGCAAUGGAGGAGAAAAUGCUAAACACCUACAAGAUGGCCUGCAAGGCCGUCAUCUGUCAGCGUUGCAAGUACACAGCCUUCUCAGCUGCGGAACGUUGCAAGGCAGAGAAGCAUCCGCUGAAGGUGGUUGAUGCACAGAAGCGCUUCUUUCAAUGCAAGGAUUGCGGUAAUCGCACCACCACUGUCUUUAAGCUUCCCAAGCAGAGCUGCAGCAGUUGCAAAGGUUCGCGCUGGGAGCGCACAGCCAUGAUACGGGAACGCAAAGUUUGCACAGGCCGUGAGUCGUUAUCGGUACGUGGCGAUGAGGAAACCUUCAUGGGCAGCCUGUCCAGCACUGCUAAUCUUAAUCUACUUGUUCCCGACGAGGAGUAAUCAAUGGCAAUUUGACUGGUUUUUGUUAGACAAUACUUUUUAAUGUAAGAU